AUGUCAGAGAGAUGGAAUGCACAAGUUCAGUUAGAGCAUCUUCAGCAAAAAUACGCUGGGGCUGGAAACGCGGACACAACAAAGUGGGAAUGGGGCUGCACAAUAAGAAGAGAUUCUCUUGCAUCACAUAUUGGACAUCAUUCAAGGAUGCUUUAUAUGGCGAUAGCUGAAAAUGAAAGUACUUCAAGAAUGAAGCAUAAUAUGCUUUGGAAAAUGGUCCAGCCUUGUGGGCCGCCACCUCCAAAAAAGUAA